ACCAAUCCUCAGAAUAAAACCGUCUGACAGCUAAAGCUUUGACCUGUCUGCGUUUUGGUGCUGCAAGCUCGCCGUCUCCCAUCACCAGCAUCAGCUGUUCGUCUUAGUUUAAUCAUCCAAUCUGCAUUUAUUGAAACAACCCAAGGUGACAGCUCUGUAAUAAACAUGGCGGCCUACAAACUGGUGCUGAUUCGUCACGGAGAGAGCAACUGGAACCAGGAGAAUCGUUUCUGUGGCUGGUUCGAUGCAGACCUGAGUGAAACCGGGGAGAAGGAGGCCAAGAGAGGAGGACAGGCUCUUAAAGAUGCUGGUUAUGAGUUUGAUAUCUGCUACACCUCGGUAUUGAAGAGGGCCAUCAGGACCUUGUGGUUCGUCUUGGACAGCAUCGAUCAGAUGUGGGUGCCAGUCCAUCGGACUUGGCGGCUCAACGAGCGUCACUAUGGAGGCCUAACGGGCCUGAACAAAGCCGAGACAGCUGCUAAGCACGGAGAGGCCCAAGUGAAGAUCUGGAGGCGUUCAUUUGAUAUCCCUCCGCCCUCCAUGGGCCCAGACCAUGACUACUACACUAGCAUCAGCAAGGAUCGUCGCUAUGCAGACCUAACUGAGGACCAGCUGCCAUCUUGCGAGAGCCUAAAGGACACCAUUGCACGUGCGCUGCCUUUCUGGAAUGAGGAGAUUGCCCCUCAGAUCAAACAGGGCAAAAGGGUGCUCAUUGCUGCCCAUGGAAACAGCUUGAGGGGAAUUGUGAAGCACCUGGAGGGAAUGAGCGAUGAAGCCAUCAUGGAGCUGAACCUGCCAACUGGCAUCCCGAUCCUCUAUGAGCUCGACAAGAACCUGAAGCCAGUGAAGCCUAUGCAGUUCCUGGGAGACGAGGAGACUGUCCGCAAAGCCAUGGAGGCCGUCGCUGCUCAGGGAAAAGCCAAGAAGUAAUAGGAGACAGAAAAUGAAUGGAUAAAUAAAAAGCAGAAAAUCCUAUUUAGUGUGUGAUGGUAAAAAGUCAUCCCUGGAAGCUGACCUCUCAGUGUGUUUCUCAAAUUGCUAAUUUAUUUCAGGUUUCCAAAUAGGGAGCAAAAAUGCUCUGCGUUGUUCUCCUUGCUUUGUGCUGGCCAAGUCAUACAUAUAGAUGGAUGUGUUUCAAAGAAAUAGAAACCACGACUCUCAAGAGAUUGUAAAUAAUUUGGGGGGAAAAAAUAAUCUUAAGCAUAGAUUGAUUCAAAAUUUAUAGUAGAAUUAAAUGACUGAAGGAGACUCAAAUGUUGCCAUAAGCUAGAAACUCGUCACAUGUAGUUGUGAUGCUGUGUUUGCAACAAGCAAGAAGUUACCUCCUCAUUAAGUGAUCAUUCUUUGCCUUUCAGUAAGACUAGUUUUUGCACCAGAUGGGGAUGUAUCUUGCCUCUUGCCUGGUUACUACAUCGGACAGGGUUGUGGCAUAUUGCGUUAUGAAUUACUGAAACACGUGCAAUUAUUUGUAAAUUUUUUUUGAAGUGCUCUUUUCAAGUAAAAGAGCUGCAAAAUUUUGUAAUCUCUUGAGAGUAGGGUGGGAUAUUUAGAACGGCUAAAAAAAAUUGUCUGCAUGUCUUUAGGCUGUGUGCUGUCCUCAUGAAGGUUGUGUGUCCUCUUUCUCUCGUUUUGAACAUUAACUAAUACCUCUUUGCAAGUUUUGCUCUGUAUAGAAUAAUGACAUUCCCUUGUUUUCAUAAGGGUCCAGUUUCACAGUGUUAAAAACAGACAAAGGGUCUCAAACUUUCCUUUUUUUGUGUGUGGUUUUACCUUAUUUGGUCUGUUAUUGGUUUCAUGUUCCUUCCACAACGUCUCACAGCAGUGUUGCUCCUUUUUAUACGUUUAAUUCCUUCUGUGUGGCUUAAAUGUACCACGUAAGCUCUGUACUAAUAAAAGAAGUAUACGACCUUA